GUUGGUUGGGUGCAGUGUGUUUUUGGUUUGUUUGAAGGUUUACACAAGGAUCUCAUCUGUCUGUAUCCUCUGAUUGAUAUCUCCCCUCAAACCGGGUCCCUACUGUUGUCAAUCUUAUCUUCUUUUUAUCUUCUUUUGAAAAAAAAAUGAAAUGGAAAGAAAGGAUUGAGUAACAACUUCUGUGAUAAAGGUAUUUUAAGGCCCCAUUCAUCAAAAGAGAGAUGGGAGGUAGUACCAGCAAACAGACAGACAAACCCAAGUCCACCCCACUGAACCGGGAACAGGAAACCAAACGAAAUUCAGACCAUGGUGACAAACGACAAAGUGCAAAUUCAAACCAAACAGCUUCUUCGGCUGUGACACCCAUACCUAUCCACAGGCCGAACCCUUUUCCGCCGACAACUUGGAGAAAGGAUGUCUUAGACAAAGAAUUACUCAGAGGUGCCAAGAAAAAUGCAUUCCAAGAGAUUUCACUGAAUGAUUUGGCUUCAUAUCAAAUCCUCAUAUCAUUACUUACUAAAGGACUUAAAGAUGACAUAGAAAAGACUUGGGUACUGUUUCUCUGGGUUACGAAUUUAGAUGUCAAUAACAAAAAUGUAACAAAAGGGGGAAUAAAAAAUACACCAAAAGGAGAUUUAAAGGAUGUUCAAAGUGGCAUUCAUCAUAUUGCCGACUUCUACACGACUUUAUGCAGGCACGCUGGGUUGAAGUCGGUAACCAUAGAAGGUCUUCAAAAAGACGACAGUUUUACGAUUAAUGGAACAGAGAAAAUCCUAGUCAAAGAAAAAUGGAAUGCUGUGUUCUUAAAAGAUUCUUGGCGCUUAAUUCAUAUAGGACUCGGGAAAGCAUGCAAUCCGAAGUGGAAACUUCUCUAUUUCUUUAUCGAUCCGGAAGAUUUGAUACAAUGGUGCCUUCCUAAUGAACACGAAUGGCAGCUGCUAUCAAAACCUUUGGCAAAACAUGACUUUUUUAAUCAACCUAACUGUAAAAGAAAAUGUUUCGAGAUGGGAGUGCAAAUUCUAAAUCCUACAUUGGGAAAAGUAAAAAUUGACAAUGGUAGAUUUAGCGUCGAAGUGUUAAUUGACAAAACCCAUUCGCAAAGUUCGGAUUCUAUGCUUGACUUUAAAUUAAGGGGGAAGAAAGUGCAAAAUGGAAUUAAUGAAUUCGAUCAUGAAACAUCAGGAACCUUUAAUACUGGAAACGAAACGACGAGGUCUACAAUGAAGCCAUCAAAUGUAACAGGAAACGAAAGCCGACAUACUGAUAACACAGACAAUGCGAAUGGUAACUCAGACUCUCCGUUGGAUUUGAAGAAGUAUGUGUUCAUGCAUCGCGUUGACUCUCGGAUAGUAUUUGAUGUUCAUUUUCCUACACCCGGUACAUAUGUCCUAGACAUUGAAGGAAAAACAUUCAGUACGAAAGGUGGUCAUAGCUCUAUGUCUGUGAUUUGUCAAUUCAAAUUCUUCUGUAAUAGAAGCAUACAAGAGGAAGACUAUGUUCCUUUACCAAUCGUUCCCGAUAUUGGCUUUGGUCCAACACCUUAUUGCUUGAGGUACGGGGUUCGACCCGUCUCCCACGGAUACGGGCACAUUUUAAUACUGCCUGGCGAAUCGGUGAAAAUUCGCUUCGAGUACGAUGGCAAUUACGAAUUUAAAACUGAAACAAUAAGUGUUCUUCGGGUAUCUCCAAGUAAGAAGAAAAAUUUCUCUACGUGUACUGUUAUGCCAAACAAACUACACGUUGAUGUUAAUGUUCCAGAUGAAGGUCAUUAUAUCUUGAUGGUCCAUGCCAAAAGAGACAAGGAAGAGGAAUUCGUCAAUAUAAUUAACUAUAUGAUGAUAUUCGACAGAAAAAAUUCAAAUGUCGAGUUGUUUCAUAAACGAAUGAUGCGUGAAAAACUUCUAAGUGCAGUACAAAAUGGAACAGAAGAGGAAUUAAAAGAGGCACUAAAGAAUUUCAAAUUUUAUCGCGUCCCUGACCAAGGAGAAGUUCAAAAGGCAAAUCAGAGAUUAGAAUAUUUCGAAACUAAAAGAGAAUUGGGCGUUGCUAUGCAGAGAAGAAAUAUACGAGUGUUGGAAACUGCAAUACACAAUGCAAAAAAUCUACCGGACAUGAAGCAAAUAAAGGAGGAUAUUCGGAGAGCCGAAAAUUUAAUGAAUAGAUUGAAAAAUCAACACCCUAUUUCCAAACUCGAGCACAGCACUCUGUCUGAAAUACGCCGGUACACUAACCCUUCCCAGGCCGUCAAGGACGUCCUGUCGGCUACUUAUAUUUUACUUGGACAUGAUAUUGAAUACGCCAAAAAUUGGGAAUACAUCCAAUCCCUAUUAACAAAAACGGGACGAGACAGUCUGCAGCACUUGGUACUUCAUUGUGACGUCGAAACAGUGUCCUCUUCUUCUGCAGAAAUAGCUCACCAGCUACUGAACCCGCAUGAUGAAAAGGCAUUGAGAGAGGCUAGCGCAGGCGCAGGAGCCAUAUUUCACUGGGCCUCCCAAAUAGUUAAAGAUAAAAUAAAGGAAUUUGAAAAGGAAGAAUCCAUUGAAAAUGAAGUCAGCAAAGGAUCUAAGCGGCCAGAAAAAGCUAAUUCAGUACAAAAUAAACAAAGAAAGGCGUCUUCAGAAAAAGAUAUUUCAAGAAAUGGAAAAUUGGUCGAUCAGAAAACAGGAAAAGUUACAGCUGAGGAAGUUGAAGAAGAAAAGGAAAUCGACGAAAUAUCAACACGGUCGACUGCAAAGUCUGGGACUUUAUCAUUGAAAUCCAUACAUGCUAAAGUAGGCUCUUUUCGUAAGAAAGGGGAUAAGGCUAUGGUAUUCAAUAAAUACAAUGAGCAGGUUUAUUUCGAACAAUCUCCGCCGGAACGAUUCUUCUGGCCUAAACAUUUUUGAAAUUAAAAAUAUUACAUCAUGGGUCAAUCUAGUGUAGGAUCUCGAUAUCACGUGACAUCCACUUUUUAUAAUACGUCACAGCGGAUCUCUUCAUUACUUCUACUUUUUCUAUACUCUGUCCCGAGCUUUUGCUUCCACCACUUUUCGCUUGAUAUUUUGAUAAUAAUAAAUGCUUUUAUGCUCAAACUACGUUCAGCCACUAAUAUGAAAAAUGUUCAGAUUAUCUGUCUUGAAACGCCCACUCUACUGCUUCAGGUUUCAAUACACAUCCCAAAAUAGAAAGUCUACGGAGAUUUUGCAUUGCAUCAACCAUUAAUAAGCCCGGAUGAUAACGUUGAAAAAUUGCGCGAGGUGUCCUGAGUACUUCCAAAUGGAGAAAAGAUGUAAACGUUUCCCAUUAUAAAUCUCCGUUAGAAAUUUGUUUUGUUCCUGUGUUCCUGUAAACUUUAAUGAGUGAAACGGGAUAAUUUGUCAAUGAAGAUAUCUUGAAUAUUUUCCAUUUCAUCGAUUUCAACUGUACUUCUUUCACAGAUAUGUGUAAUUUUAUUAAAAAUCACCAAAAAGUGAUGGAAGCAAUAACUUGGGACAGACUAUAACUACGUCACAACAUGGCGUUAACUAAAACAGAUUCUAAAAAAUAACUAAUAUGAAUGUAAAACUACAUAUUUUUCACAAAAUCCCUCCUUUAAUUCAUUCAUAUUUGCAUAUUCUCUCCAUAUUUAUAAGUUUAAUACAUUUAUGUCUAUAUUGUAUUCAGUGAAAAUAUUUUCUUUCUUUUUUUAAAAAUUGAAUUCCAAUAGAACAAAAUAUCUUAAUGUUGGAACUAUGUAUAAAUAAUUUUAAGACGUUCUAUUAUGAUCGACAUCAAUCGCAUCUUCCCGGAAUUUUCAUAUAUCAUUUUCUCCUUAAUUUUCCUGCAUAAAUUUGUCUUUAAUUUGUUUCUCUAUAAACAGUUAUGUUUUUUGGAUAUUAGUUUAAACGUAAAUAAUAUUACUAAAUGAUACAAAUGCCAAUGUUUAAACACGGUAUUGAUUACUAGUAUAUUUUUCUUUUCAUUUUUUGAAGAUAACUUCAUUUAUUGAAACAUUAUACAUCUUGAUUCAAAUCUAUCUUAACACAUAAUGUGAUAUAUUGUUUUCUAGAAAAAAUCGUUUCGUUGAAUUUAUAAAAUUGAAUGUCACCCUUUUAAUUAAAUCCACUCGUAGCUUUUUUACCUGUUCGGCACUACACAAUGUGGUUUAUUCAUAUAUUUUAUGAAACAUUUUAAGUAAAAAAAAAGGAUAUAGAGGUAACAUCUUUCAAUGACUAUAUAUAUUGUCUUUUUUUUUUAU